GGGUCAGGGCCGGGACGGGGAAGAGGUGGGGCGGUGGCUGCGCGCGUGCGCGGAAGACAGCUGAGGGGUGCGGGCACGGGGGCCGGCCCUGCUUGAGAGAGCUAAGAGAAAAAGAAAAUGCAGGACCCCAAUGCAGACACCGAGUGGAAUGACAUCUUACGCAAAAAGGGCAUCUUGCCCUCAAAGGAAAGUCUGAAAGAGCUGGAGAAGGAGGCGGAAGAGGAGGAGCAGCGGGUCCUUCAGCAGUCCGUGGUGAAAACGUAUGAAGAUAUGACUUUGGAAGAACUGGAGGAUAAUGAAGAUGAAUUUAAUGAGGAAGAUGAACGUGUUAUUGAAAUGUACAGGCAGCAAAGACUGGCUGAGUGGAAAGCAACCCAAUUGAAGAAUAAAUUUGGAGAAGUUUUGGAGAUCUCUGGAAAGGACUAUGUUCAGGAAGUUACCAAAGCGGGUGAAGGCUUGUGGGUAAUCUUGCACCUUUACAAACAAGGGAUUCCCCUCUGUGCCCUGAUAAAUCAGCACCUCAGUGGACUUGCUAGGAAGUUUCCUGACGUCAAAUUUAUCAAAGCCAUUUCAACAACCUGCAUACCUAAUUAUCCUGAUAGGAAUCUGCCCACAGUAUUUGUUUACCUUGAAGGUGAUAUCAAGGCUCAGUUUAUUGGACCUCUGGUGUUUGGUGGCAUGAACCUGACCAUGGAUGAGUUGGAGUGGAAAUUGUCAGAGUCUGGAGCGAUCAAGACAAACCUGGAGGAAAACCCCAAGAAGCCCAUUGAAGACGUGCUGCUUUCCUCGGUGCGGCGCUCCGUCCCCGCCAGGAGGGACAGUGAUUCGGAGGAUGACUGAGGCUGCCGCUCGGGUAACCUGCUGAACUUUCUUGAUGGGACAAAUCCUCUGAAUUUUUUUAAGAAGGAAAAAGUAGGAAUAUAUUUGGGGUUUUAGCCUUUUAAUUAUGUUUUAAAUUUUAAAUCUCGUAGAUCUCAGAAAUAAUCAUUGCUGGGAAUCCUAUUAAAUGUCUUUGAACUCUCUUUUUAAAUUAAUAACAUUUUCUUAAAAAAAUAAAAGCCAGCCAUUGGUAUGGCAAAUGUCUGUGUUUUCCUCACUUGUAUUUUAAGUAAGCCGUAAAAUUAUUGACUCUUUAUUCACAUAAAAAUAUAAAAAAAAAUAUAUGGAGGGUUUUUAAAAAAUAAUGUGAAUAAAUUAUACAGUGGAAAAAUAGCAAACUAAGUUUUGCAUUUAUAUUAUAAUAUAUUUUUAUUCUUUUAUAAAGGUAGCAACAGGAUUAUUAAAUAAAAUCAAAGAAUGAUUGAAAGAAAAAAAUCUUAAUAUCCUAUUUGGAAGAAAUAGGCAAUAAUUUUUGUGAAACAAACAUUGUCUUAGCAAUAACAAAAAGAUUAAUCCCAUUUUGGGUAAAAUAUUUCUUCUGGUUAAAAUUUUUUGUCUCAGACUGUUGAGAUGUCAGCUAAUUUCAAUUACUGUAAAAGGCCACGUUAAAUUCUUUUUUGGAAAUAAAUAGAUGUAAGCAUACAAAUAGAUCAGCUGUGUCUCAGUCAGUCAGUAAAAAACAUAGCAAGAUGUUUUAUGAACUAGAAUCCUCUGAACAUUUAUCACUUCUUGUCAAAUUGGCCAGAGCAGAAAAAUUAGGAAAACUGUCAUUCCCUAGCAUUUUGUUGAGUGAUGUCGUCCUCAGUGCUGGUUUGCAUCUUAAAAAUAUGAGUCAGAGAGGGCACUGAGUUCCUUCUGAUUAUUGUGAUUUAUUUUUGCUGUAAUUCAAAGAACAACAGGUGGCUGUGACCCAUUUUAUCUGUCAGAAGUGUCCGUGUCAGUGACAUGUGUUUUUCUACACACGAGGGCUAACACUGAUGAUAAAAACAGACUCUGUGUCACAAUCUUCCUUGAAGGGUUUUUCAUGGAAUUCUUAUUGCAGGCUUAAGUUUGGUCGGUUCUGUCACUCGUCUGCGGGUCCCAUGGGUUUUGUGGGAGAGCUGCCUUCGUUGGUUUUCUGUUGUCAGCUGUCGUCAGAGUGAAGUGCUGUGGUGAAGGCUUGGGUGCGCCUAUAUACGCCUAUUCUCUUUGUACACUUUGAUCUUUGUUCCUGUGGAAUCUUGUCCCCGUUGUCAGGCUAAGGCACUCAGUUUGAGCUCAGAAGCUCACGUGUCCGUGGACUGGGUAAGUCCUGUCUGGCCACACGGCUCCCAGGCCGCGGGACGCUCUGUGCUCAUGCUGACUGGGCUUGAUUUAAGGAGGGAGAGGGUGGCAUCUCCGUCCUGAGAUCAGUAUUGUGAUUUUGAACUUCAUCUGCAAAUCUCUACAGGUUGGUUAAUUCUGGGAGACUUCCCUACAGCACUUACCAUUAAUCUCCUUCUGUUUCAUUUAGAGCAUUUGUGAUGUGAUAGAGGUGAUACAACUUGGCUCUUAAGCAUUGAGUCCAUCUCAGUCCAGAACAGAAACACAUAGUGACCGGGAAGACAGGCAAGCGAGGUGCUGAGUUCGUCUUCCGGUGUUCAGAGGACGGGGUUACAGGGAAGGGCGUUAAGCAAGUACUAGGUAACCCUUUCUUUAGUGAUUGGUGAGAAAUGGUUCCAGGAAGUAGGGAUAGAACGUGACUGGGAGAAGUUAAGUGGGUAAGACUAUAGAAUUGUCCCUCGGUAUCCGUGGGGAUUAAUUCCAGGAGCCCCGUGGGGCAUCCGUGGGUGCUCAGGUCACUUGUGGCUGGCUCUUCAGGUCCGCAGAGUGGCUUUACCCCAUGGUUGGUUGAAUCCGCAGAUGUGGAGGGCUAACUGUGUAAUCAAAUAACAAUUGAUUCUUCCUGAUUUUCCUUAUUUUGUGGAGGAGAAGAAGGGUAUAGUUAGGUCGCACAGACCUGCCUCACGCACACCUGAAUCCACACUCUCACGUGCUGCGGUUGCAGACAGUGGCUCCCCAGGGGGUCUCCUUCCCCAGGUACCUCAGAGAAGUAGUCCUGGAUGCAAAGGCCCUUUAUGAGAGAUGUGAAAGGGGUGCUUAGGAGGGGGUCCUCUGUCUCUGAUGCCUCAACCUUUUGUCAUUUAUCACCUCCAGCUUUCAGUUCAGUUUUCUUCUGUAACAAUCUCAAAUUUUGACAGUUUUCAGGUGUGACAGGCCAAAUGUGUUGUGAGUUGUGUUGCCUACUUUAGAAACAUGUUCCUAUGACAGUGAUUUUGUCCUGCUUACGGGAAUCAGUUGUUAUAAAUAAAUACAGCCUUUUUGA